GUUGUGGCGACUGACGGUUGGCAUUUAACGGCGUCAACUCGAAAAACCGGACACCGGAAGUGCUGCGCCCGACUCGACUUGUUUUAUAUGAAGCCGACAGCUGUUACUCCACCAGUCCGACGGAGGCGCCCCGCCGAGUGUCCACCGCCUCCCUCGCCGACUGAGAGGACCUCUGCCCGGGCGUCUUGUUGCUCCACGUCACGUCGCCCAUGGCUCCCAAGAAAAGAACCGGGGGGAACGGCCCGCGGGGCGGCACUCCGUCCAAAACGAAGCCCCCCGGAGCUGGCGGGAACGGUCACCGUCACGUGGCCGCGUUGAUCCUGGCGCGCGGGGGGAGCAAAGGGAUCCCCCUGAAAAACGUCAAAAUGCUAGCGGGGGUGCCGCUGCUCGGAUGGGUGCUGAGGGCCGCGGUGGACUCCAAGAAGUUCACGAGUGUUUGGGUUUCGACCGACCACGACGAGAUCGAGAAGGUGGCGAGGGCCUGGGGGGCCCAGGUGCACCGCAGGAGCCCCGAAGUCUCCAAGGACUCCUCCACGUCCCUGGAGACCAUCCAGGAGUUCUGCAGGCUGCAACCAGAGAUCGAUGUUGUGUGCAACAUCCAGGCCACGUCGCCGUGCCUCCACCCGUUCCACCUGACGGAGGCCCUGGAGAUGAUCACGGAGCAGGGCUUCGAUUCGGUCUUCUCCGUGGUCCGGAGGCACCACUUCCGCUGGCAGGAGGUCAACAAAGGAUCCCCGAAGGUCACCAGGCCGCUUAACCUGGACCCGCUCAACCGCCCCCGCCGCCAGGACUGGGCCGGGGAGCUGUGUGAGAGCGGCUCCUUCUACAUCACCACCACGCACGGCAUCAUGAACGAGGGGCUCCUGCAGGGCGGGAGGGUGGCGUACUACGAGAUGAAGGCCGAGUACAGCGUGGACAUCGACGUGGACAUCGACUGGCCCGUGGCCGAGCAGAGGGUCCUCCGGUACGGCUACUUCGGCGAGGCCAACCCGGAGGUGGUGCGCCUGAUGUUCCUCAACGUCUCCGGGUGUCUGACGGAGGGAAGGAUCUACCUGUCCAAGUCCGGGGAGCAGCUGGUGUCCGUCAACACCAGGGACACCGCGGGCCUCCGCAUGCUGCAGCGCGAGAACACCGAGGUGGUGCUGCUGACCUCCGCGGUGGACUCGGUGUCCCCCCCGCUGGCCGAAAAGCUGGCCGAGAUGACGGGCUGCAAGGUGGUGCAGGUGGGGGCGGAGCCCUUGAAGGAACUGAAGCUGAUGGUGGAGGAGAAGAAGCUGGGCUGGAGGGACGUGGCGUACAUGGGUUGCGACACGCAGGACGUCGGCUGCCUGAACCUGGCGGCUUUGAGCGCCGUGCCCCAGGACGCCCCGUCGGUCGCCAUCAACGCCGCCAAGUACGUGUGCCACAGCGCCGGGGGGGCGGGGGCCGUGAGGGAGUUCGCCGAGCGCAUCCUGCUGCAAAAAGAAAAGGCGAAGGCGCAGGGGAGGAGCGAGGGCAGCGUUUGAUUUAACCACGAAUACUAAUAGUGACGAUGAUGACGAUGAUGAUGAUGAUGAACGUGAUGGUGGUGGUAAUGAAAUCAAACUUAAUGUGUCCACGGUGUUUGAGGUGCUAAUCUGAAGUUAAAUAAUUUAUCAGCUUGAAUGUAACUCCUGGAAGGAAAAAGGAUUUUUACUGUCAGCACUUAUCUUUGUUUUUGAACCUGUUGUUGUGAAUCUUUUCUUUUUCUCAUGGAAGUCACUUCUUGAAUAAACUGAUGGUCAUUCUCUAUUUACUAACCUUGUUU